AUGCAAGCCAUCAACAUCCCCGCCUUCACCCCGGACCCCUCCACCCUCCUCCCCACCACCGUCCCUCUUCCCACCCCCAAACCCGACCAAUGCCUCGUCCGCGUAACCCACUGCAGCCCCCAACACGCCGACAUCCUGCACGCCCAGGGCAAGCACCAGAACAACAAUGCGAAGAAGGGCUGGUGCCAUCCUCCGUUCAUCCUAGGCUACGACUUUGCCGGAGUGGUUGAAGCAGUACCAAGUGAUGGAGCGAGCGAUGCUUUCAAGAAGGGCGACAGAGUGUUUGGUGCGGGUAUUGGAGCGUUCGCGGAGUUUGUGUGUGUGCCGCAGAGGCAGAUGAGGAAGAUUCCUUCAGACUUGAGCGCGGAGACGGCGUGUGCGAUGUCUGGACAAGCGGUGAGCUAUGCUGCGGUGGUCAACAUUGCGAAGGUAGAAGCAGGAGAGACGGUGUUGGUCAGUGGAGCGAGUGGCGGCCUUGGGAAUGUAUGCUGCAUGGUCGCAAAGGCCAAGGGAGCAAAGGUUAUAGCACUGGCAGGGGACAAGGACAAAGCUGCGGCGAUGGAGAAGGAUAUGGACGUUGAUCUGGUCUUGAUCAUGGAGGGCGAUUGGAUCGACAAGGUCGUGGAGUUCACAAACGGCCAAGGGGUAGAGGUAUGCCUAGAUAAUACUGGCAUGGUCAACGACGCCAUCCGCUGCCUCGCCUACUUCGGCCGGAUCGUGGUGCUCGGCUUUGCCGCACGGAAGGGCGUGAUGGAGGAAGUCAAGAUGAACAAGCUGCUGCUCAAGUCUGUGACGAUUAUGGGCUACCGCUUUGGCGAGAGCGGGCGGCGGUUCCCGCAGACGCUGGAGGAGAUCUGGGAGGGCUACCUCGGGAUGCUGAGGACGGGGGAGAUGAAGGCGAUGAUUUAUGGGAAGUAUGAGGGAUUGAAGGACGUGGGAAGAGCGCUAGGAGAUUUGCACGAGCGGAAAGUGUAUGGGAAGAUUGUGGUGAAGGUGGUGGAUGAGGGUGAGAGAUCGAAGCUAUGA